UUUCCAGAGGAGAAGAGCUGGAGUUACUCCACAACCUCUCAGGCAGCAGGAUGGAGCAGUCCCGGAGGAUGGUGGCUGGAGUCCUGCUGUGCCUGCUGGCCCUGGGGCUGUGCCCGGCCCAGCACUGGUCCUACGGCCUCCAGCCAGGGGGCAAGAGGAGCGCCCAGGUCCUGCUGGGACCAUUCCAGGAGAUUCCAAAUGAAAUGGAAAAAUUAGAGGAGAUGCAGCAGAGUGAGUGCCCAGGCUCGCAGCAGAACUCCAGGAUCAGGGAUCUGAAGGAAGCCAUGGAGAGGCUGGUGGAGGGAGAAGGCAGAAGAAAGAAGGUUUAAAAAUUUCCAAAGUGAAACGGAGCCACAGAGCCAGAGUGAGGUUUCAAAACUGUGUUAAAAGACAUUCCUCCUCAAAUGGUCAUUGUUUGGAUCAAUAUGUGAAUAAAUAUUCUGAAAUUGCA